UGACGCCGCUUCCCGUCUCCAGGCAACGUGGGGGCCAAACAACACGGCCGGGAGGCGGCCGCUGCCUGCCGGGCACUCUCUUCUGGGACCCUGGAUUUUCGGACACUGAGCGCCAUGGCCCUGCCUCUGCUGCCGGGCAACAGCUUCAACCGCAACGUGGGAAAGGAGAAGUUUCACAAAUCCCAACAUUGGGGCUUUUGCAACAAUGUUAUGAUGUUGGUGAGUGAUGAAAAGCCUGGAAUAGGUGGAGAACCACUUCUGGGGCAAAAGAUAAAGCCUAAAUGUAGCAUAUAUCCUAAAGGAGAUGGAAGUGAUGUACCAUCAUGGGUAGCCUUUGAUAAACAGGUAUUAUCUUUUGAUGCCUAUUUGGAAGAGGAAGUACUUGAUAAAAGCCAAACCAACUACAGAAUAAGAUACUAUAAAAUCUACUUCUACCCUGAAGAUGACACAAUUCAAGUAAAUGAACCAGAGGUGAAAAAUAGUGGAUUACUUCAAGGGACUUCUAUCCGGCGUCAUCGGAUUACUCUUCCGCCUCCUGAUGAGGAUCAGUUUUAUACUGUGUAUCAUUUUAAUGUCGGCACAGAGGUUGUCUUCUAUGGCCGGACAUUCAAGAUUUAUGACUGUGAUGCAUUCACAAGAAACUUUUUGAGGAAAAUAGGGGUCAAAGUGAAUCCCCCAGUACAAUGUCCAGAAGAUCCUUACAUGAAGAUUCGGAGAGAGGUUGUAGAACACGUAGAGCCCUUACGUCCCUACGAAUCCCUCGACACCCUGAAACAGUUCCUCCAGUAUCAUGGCAAGAUUUUGUGUUUCUUCUGCCUGUGGGAUGACUCAGUCUCAAUGUUUGGAGACCGUAGAGAACUCAUCCUGCAUUACUUCUUGUGUGAUGAUACUAUUGAAAUCAAAGAAUUGCUUCCACACAACUCAGGCCGAGAUGCUCUAAAAAUGUUCCUCCGGAGGAGUAAGCUACCCAAGAAUUGCCCACCUAGAGUCUAUCAACCAGGCCAGAUAACAGAUCGAGCAGUUCUCAAUUCAUAUGGUGACUUUAUAAAGAACCAAGCAGAUGGCUACCUGUUCGAUAGAUAUAAGCUAGGAAAAGUAGACCAAGAGUUUUACAAAGAUAGUGACCUGUCCCUAGGAGUCACCAUCAAUGUGUGGGGAAGAAAAGUGCUCCUUUAUGACUGUGAUGAAUUUACGAAGUCUUAUUAUAAGUCUAAAUAUGGAAUUGAGAACUUUACCUCAGUUUCAUGCAAGCCUCCUUCUCCUCCUCCAAAAAUAGAAAGGAAAUUUCCACCUUACAACGGUUUUGGUUCUGAAGAGGAUUCUCUCCGUAACUGCAUAGACCUCAAGCCCACACCUCAUCGGAGGAACUUCAAGAAGUUUAUGGAAAAAGACAGCUAUGGCUCCAAAAGCAAUAUACUCCGUUUUUUUGCAAAACUAGUCACAGACAAAUGUGUUGACUUGGACAGGAUGUUUGUUAUUUCAUAUUAUCUCGGUGAUGACACCAUUUCAGUGUUUGAACCUAUAGAGAGGAAUUCAGGAAUUGCUGGUGGGAUGUUCUUGAAAAGAAGUCGCGUUAAGAAGCCUGGACAAGAAGUCUUUAAAAGUGAACUAUCUGAAUAUAUCAAGGCCGAGGAGCUGUACAUUGGAGUCACGGUGAAUGUGAAUGGUUACCUAUUUCGUUUGCUCAAUGCUGAUGAGUAUACCUUAAACUACAUGGAGCAGAAUACAGAUAAGUAUCCUUUCAGUAACCUCAAACUUGCCCUACAAAAGCUGAAGCAAGAAGAAGGAAAAUCCAGAGAGCUCAAGCAGGUAUUUAAAGCUGCUGACUCUAAGCACACAAAUAUGGUGGAUUAUAAUACAUUCAGAGACAUAUUGAUGUCUUUGACUGUUGGAAACCUUGCCGAGCAAGAAUUUGUAACCAUUGCACGUCACUACCGUGUGCCUGAGGGCACAUGUUCAGAUAUGGAUUUCUUAAUCGCACUGGCCCACGAAAAGUUCAAGAAAAAUAUGUUUGAGAAUUUCGACACUUUCAUUUAUUCCUGUGUGUAUGAAGAUCGAGAAAAAAAAAAUGUAUUACCCACCAAAGACAUUAAAAGGCUGUGCAAAUCCUCCAGAUUACCUUUGAGUGAUGAUCUUCUAGAAUCCUUAUUGUCAAGGUUUGAAGACAGUGAAAAACAAAUAGAUUAUAAGUCAUUUUUCUCUGCCCUGAACUGGAGAAAGAAUCCAGUGCCUGAAUUGCAACCAGCAUCAUACCUUAAAGAGAGAUGUGAAGAUGUUUGGCUUGGUAUGCCAUCACCUAUUCCUGCGAAAUACAUUGACUACUGGACCUUUUUGAAGGACGUGUUUGGCUUAGAGGAGCAAUAACCAUGCCAGUUUUGGUCAAUUCUCUAUGAUUUACUUCUCUCAUUUUGCCACAUUUACUUUAGUAGAUAUAAUUUCAUUAAAAACAAAAAAGAAACAAGGUUUAUAUUAAAUGGAAAUCCAUAAACCACAAUUAAUCCUAUUUUGUCAUGUUAGUUUUACAGAACAUCAUGUUAUAUUGCCGACAUACUGUUACUAUUUAAAAUGCCAUCUUAAAACAUGUUGAAUAUUUUUAUUAUAUGUAUGGUUUAUUAAUACCAAAAAAUCUUCUGAUAAUUUUUAAUCCAACAUAAUUUGAUUCAUUACUAUAUGAACAGAAAAUGACUUUUGAAGGUUAUACAUGACAAUACAAAAUCAAAUUAUAUCACAGCAAUAAGUUGUGAUUCUAUUAAACAUUUUUGAAACCUUUUUGACACGUUUAUUACUUACAUAAUUAAGUUUUGUAGCAACCCACCUCAUCAAAAUAAUUCUUAAACCUCUCUAGAGUAAAUAUGUUUAUCUUUUGAACUUAGUAAAGCUAUGGGAAGAAAAAGAACCUCCAACACACACACACACACACACACACACACACACACGCACGUGCACACACACUGGAAACAUAUGCAGUAUUUAUAUUUGUAAUGCCCUUUUUUCUAUCUAAAGUCAGCUUGUUAGCUUAGGAAUAUAUGCAUGUGUGUAUAAUUAUAGUUUGACCAAAACUUUAUUAUGUCUAAAAUAUUUACAAAUGUGAAAGCUGAAGAUUUUGAGAUUUUUGUUUUUUUGGUUUGUUUUACACACACAUCCCACGCGCCCCACCCUAGAGGUUUAAAUAUUCAGAAACUACAACAUUUUUCCCCUGCAUUUUUCUAGUUCUGUUUUUAUUUUUCUUCAGCAGAACUCUCGUCAUGUAGUGUACAUUUGAUUAAAACCCAUAGCCAUGUACCUCUGGGAAUUCAGUGUAAGAAGUCUAUCCCAGUCUAUGCCAUUGUUCAGUGUUGGAUGCUAUGUAUCAUAAAUCCAUUUGCCUGGUGUUCUGGGAGACAAUGGAGGUCUCUCAAAAAGGAGCUGCACCAUUUACCUUUCAGGGACUACCCUGAGAAAAAGAAGAGCUGAUGACAUCUCAAGGGACCCUUCGGACUCAUUAUUCUUUCACUCCACAUUUGCAGCAGUGUCUUGCUGGCUUCUUGGCACUCAAAUGUACCAAUUUAUUCUCCACAACAAUGGCCCUUUCAUUUUUAAAAAAUUGGAGUUAAUCAAUAAACGAUUUCUAUAUGUAAGCCUAGGAUAAUUCCACAUGUGCUGUUGUUAGAAUAGACGUUCCUCCCAACCCUUUCAGGACUUAACACUAAACUAGUAUACUCAAUUUCUAUACUAAAACUAUCUACCAUAAAUCCUAAAUUUGACUACUUGAUUUUUGUCCCAGGUUUUUUUUAAGGCAACUGACAGUGCCAAGCCAUUUUGUCACUUUAAGAUUUUUCAUUCCCCAGAGAGCAGGCUUUUAGAAGGAUGACACUUUCCUGGAACUUUUCAAGCUGACACAUUCGUCACUUACCUAUUCAACUCUUCAGUCAGUUGUCUUUCCUUCAAGAGUUUAAAUAUGUAGAUAAUUUAGCCCUUGUAGAGGCUCAUAAUGUAGUUCAUUUGAGAAGUGGGGGGAGAAAAAGAAAGGAAGCAAACCAAUGACAAUGCUCCUGAGUUGUGGGGUGACAACUGCUUAUUCUAUUGCAUAGAUGUGUGUUACUGCCCUGGUUGUUUCUGGUUCAAGCCCACAAUUAGCAAUGAAAUGGCCAUUAUAGGAUUCAUGCCGAUAAACAUGAUACGUUGCAGCCAUACAGACACUUUAAGUAAUUAUUCUUUUUAUAACUAAGCCAUAUACUGGACAAGAUUUAUAAUUUAGAGAUAAUAUCCCCAUUAGUAAAGUUUAUGACCCAAUAAACAGCUCCCACUAGUUAAUAAAUGCCAAAGCCAUAAAAACAAAGACUAUUAAUGUAAUAGAAUUUCUGUACCUCCCUCUUUUGCUGGUGGUCUCAAGACACUGAAGGGAAAUGCUAUCUUAGGAAAAACAUUUAUUCUCGUUAUGUAAAUAUCAGUGAAUUGUCUUACAAUCCAUCUGGAAGUCUCCCAGCCCCCCUUGGUCCCAGGUGGUCCUGAAAUGCUGAUGCAUUCUGCUUAGGUUUCAAGCAGUAGAUAACUCUGGUUUUCAGCACAAAUAAAUCCCGAGACUAAAAUUUUGGGGGGAGGAGGACUGGAAUUUCUGCCUCUUCUCUUCCCUCUGCAAAAGAGAAAUCCCAACUAUUGUCAUUGUUCCAGGGUAAUAAUUUGAAAGAAGUUUCACAACCUUUCCAUAUACUUACAUUUUCAGCUGCUAACAUGAUCUCAUUUUGAUGAAAAAGCAAGUGCCGCCUUUGGAUGUCUGGGUGAGUUGAAGGUUAAUAUAGGCAAACCUUUUGUCCUAAGAACUAAUUGUUAUUUAGUAUUCUUGGAACUGUGGGAAUGAUUGAUAAAGCCAUUUGAAAACCCAAAUCAAAUCAUGUCUUUUCAUACAAAACUGAUUAAAAGCUGUUGAAGUUCACAUUAAGUGGUUUGCUGAGGCACUGUUGUGAGGUAUGAUGUCGCCAGCAGAGGAUUAAUUUGCAGUACUUAUUUGCCUUUUAUUACCUUUUUUACCUAACCACUUGAAAAGUAAUGUGGGUAAGUCUGUUGGUUUACUUUAGCUUAAGUUUACUAAAAUGGUUAAAAUUUUAGACAACAGAGGGGAGAUUUGUAACUUUCAAGCAUUAUAAUAGUUUAAACAUUUUGCCUACUUUAUUUCCUGUAUUGCCUUUGAUUCAGUUACUGACAAAUAUACUAUUCUUGUUAUUAUUAUUUUUUUUAACGCUAGAGUAUUUGAAGUUUGAUUAUUUGGAGUCAUAGAGCUUCCAGGCUUUAUGGACCCCUCAGUCAUGAGUUUAGAAUAUUUAAAUUGCCCUUCCUUCUUUCAAAUAGGGAAUUAUUGAUGAGUAAAAUGAAAUCUCAAAUCAAUACAAAACACAAAACUCUUGCCUUUCCAACUGGAAUUUAUCUUGAGUUGGGGUUGCUUCCUAGCCUUUUCUAUUUAUUUCUUCUUUCUCCUUUCCCUUCCACCACACAUUAUGAUUUUGCUAUAAGUUUAGUAGUUGGAGUCAUAACGAAAUAGGGCCUUCCACAAAAUAUUUAUGAUAUUGAAUAAUGCAGAAUCCAUUAUAAUAAAGUGCCAUGCUCUCAAUUACAUGUACAUUCAUUUUAGUUAUGAGUAUAGAUCCCUGAAUUUUGAAUACCCCAAAAAAUGGUCUGUAAAUGACCUUUCAGACAAACAGCUUCCCAGUGAUGGUAGAAACAUAUACACAAGUGAUGUGUCUCUGCUCUAAUGUUUGUUUGGGCAAAGUCUGAAUUGCUUCAAGUUGAAGGCAGGUUAAGACCUUUUCAAAAAUGAGUGUUUUCAAGUUGACUGAGCAUCUUCAGAGACACCGUGCUUUUCAAUUCCCGAGAGAAUGUAAUGUGUAAAAAUGGAAAGCCCACUGAGGCAAGAUCAAUGAGGCUGUUUAGAAAAUAAUAAACCUGGAGCGAUAAUGGAGCAAACAUUCAUUAUUACAAAGGGUAGGGCUGACUGUGCAAUUAGUUUAAGAGAAUUUUGUAACUCACCUCCUCCGCUUAUUCUACCAGGUUAUACAUAUUGGUUUAAAUAUACAUUUUCAUUCAAGGUCAAUUAAGUUCCCUAAAACUAAGAGUUCUGAGACAUCUUUGUCAACAGAGUGGCUAGAAUAUGCAUCUUCUUUGUAAUUUGUUCCUGGUCCCCAGUAAAAUUCCUUGCAAGGGGACUUUCAAGCCCAUUAUGUGUCUGGUGUGUGGUACACACAGGAGCCCGGGGUCAGCACUGCUACUCAGAAGCAACUUGGUAAAAGCUAAAAAAAUGUGGCCGAUGAAAAACUCCACAGUGGCUCUGCAAGCAGAGAAUUAAUGACUCGCUGGAAUCAGUAGGAGCCUUUACUUCUAAAUACUCAUUAGUUAAAGCAGUGAGGCCUGAUGUUAUGCAAGUUAGAGAGGGAAAGGGGGGACUGCCCCUCCCCAUUGUCUAUUUUGAACAGAAUAUGCACAUUUAACUCAAAGUGCUGAAUGAUUCAAAUACAUCAAACCCACUAUUCAUCAGUCUCCUAGCUUCCUGAGCACCACUUUGCAUCUGUGUAAAGCCAACAAUAGAGGAAAUGCUUGUUAUGACCCCACUAUAAUAUUAAAAUCCAGAGGAGCUGGUGAAAACAUAAAAAUGCAUUCUCCUUUAGAAAUACUUCCACCAAAGUCAUCUUUGUGUUUCUUUUUUCCUACUUUGCCUAUACAACAAGAACCUCUGACUGAAAUAGGAACUUGAUAACAUUACUUUUGCCUGCUUUUUUCUCCUGUGCUACCACUGCUCAUUAUUGCUGUGAGGCCACCCGUUGAAUAAAGAACAGGAGCUGAACGGCCAUUUCAGGCGCCUGCGAAUACCCCUAGUUUUAACUAUGACUGGAGCUAGGAGAGUGAGAAGGGAAGUGGCAAAAGAUGACCAUUUUAGAGGGGAGUCAGGACAAAAAUAGGGACCACCUUGUGUGUGACUCAUGUUGAAGAGUUUGCACUUUAUCCCAAGGGAAUGAGAAGUUUCUGAAAUAUUUUAAUCUGGGGAAUGGAAAGAUCAUGUCUGUAUUUAAAAAUCUCUGGCUGCUUUGUGUGUGUGAACUCUAAGAGUGAGUUUGGCGGCAAGAAGACUGAUUAGGAGACUGUUGCCAGAGAAGUGAUGGGUAGUUUGGAUUAAUGUAAUGUUGGUGAGAAGUGGAGGGAUUCAUGAUGCAUUUGGGAUGUUGGAGAUGAGGGAGAAGAAAUCAAAAUUAUGACUGGGUCAUUUUCACAGCUGGAUAGAUGGUGUUGCCUUUCAUUGUGCUGGGAUACAUGAGAGAAAAAUCAAGUGAAGGGAGAAUAUCAAAAAUUCUGCCUUGGGCAUGCUGAAUUAGGGUGCUUGCGGAACUGAUAAGUGGCCAUGUUAAGGCAGCUGGAUUAACAGGUCUGAAUCUCAGCAGAAUGGCCUGGGCUGGAGAUGCAUAUUUGGGAAUCAUCAGAGUAUGGAUGGUAAUUGUGAGUUCGGAUAAGAUUACCCAGGGGAGGCAUGUUGUCUGAGAACCAUAGUGCCUGGCAUAUUACUAACAGUAAUAACUUUCUAAAAACCAGCUUUAUUGACUUAACAGUGAACUGCACAUAUUUAAGUAUACAAUUUGAUGAGUUGGUAUAUGUAUAUACCCAUGAUACAUCACCCCAAUCAAGAUAAUAAAUUGUUAAAUUAAACUAAAUUUGGCCUGAGGCUGCCUUCCUCCUUUGAGUCCUAACUUAAUGAGCUGUAAAUAACUGAAAGCCUGACUUAGGAGUGUCAGAGACAUUUGAACUAGAGCGACUCCAUCUUGAAUAGGGGCUGGGCAAAAUAAGGCCGAAACCUAUUGGGCUGCAUUCCCAGGAGGUUAGGCAUUCUUAGUCACAGGAUGAGAUAGGAGGUCAGCAGAAGAAACAGGUCACAGAGACCUUACUGAUAAAACAGGAUGUGGUAAAGAAGCUGGCCAAAAUCCACCAAAACCAAGAUGGUGAUGAAAGUGACCUCUGGUUUCCAGCUUCAUCCAUGUCCCAUCCUGCUCAGCAAACUG